AUGCAGCCCCAGCUCCCGGAGUCCUGUUAUUUCCUGACUCCCCGGGGUGUUCCCAGCCCUCGGGGACAGCCCGUGUCAGGCUGGAAGCGCCAAACCCCACAGCAUCCCACGGCUUGCGGGCACGGGGAAGAGCGGUUGUGCCGUACCGCGCCGUGCCAUGAAUUAUUGAGGCAGUCACGUCAGGGCGAGGAGACCUUUGGAGCCAGCACAUCACGUGGGUGCCAGGCAGCCCUUAAGGCUCGCCAACGGGUGCUCGGGGAAGGCAGACACGCGCCCGCAGCCAUGACCGUCCCCAUCGCCAAGUCCUUCUACGACCUGAGCGCCACCUCCUUGCAGGGGGAGAAGGUGGACUUCAACGUCUUCCGGGGCCGCGUGGUCCUCAUCGAAAACGUGGCAUCCCUCUGAGGCACCACGGUGCGGGAUUACACCCAGCUCAACCAGCUGCAAGCCCGCUAUCCCCGGCGGCUGGUCGUGCUGGGCUUCCCCUGCAACCAAUUUGGCUACCAGGAGAACGGCACCAACGAGGAGAUCCUCAACAGCCUGAAGCACGUGCGGCCGGGGGGUGGCUUCGAGCCCAACUUCACCCUCUUCCAGAAGUGCCAGGUGAACGGGCAGGACACCCACCCCGUCUUCGCCUACCUGAAGGCUCACCUGCCCGCGCCGGCUGACGAGGCGCAACAUCUGAUGGCCGAGCCCCGUUUCGUCGUCUGGAGCCCGGUGCGGCGCUCUGACAUCUCCUGGAACUUUGAGAAGUUCCUGGUGGGUCCUGAAGGGGAACCUUUCCGGCGCUACAGCCCCCGCAUGCCCACCGCCCAGCUGGAGCCCGACAUCCAGCGUCUCCUCAAACUGGCCAAGUAGCGCCGGCUCCGGCAUCCCCCCCCCCCCCCCGCUGGCUGCCGACCCCUGGGAUGGCCCCAGCUCUCCGCCGGGUGACAGCCCUCUCCGAAACCGCCGUAGGAGGGGGCUCGAUGGGGGCAGAGGGCCGGGGCGAUGGGGGCAGCGCGGGUUGGUGGCAAUAAAUGAGCCGGAGGG